AUGGGGAAGAAAAGGAUUCAAAUUAAAAAAAUUGAAAAUCCACAUAUUCAAACAACGACAUUUUCCCGGCGUAGAAAUGGUCUUUUGAAGAAGGCGUAUGAAUUAUCGGUUUUAUGUGGAAUUGAUAUUACAGUACUUAUUUUUGAUACAAAAAAUAAAUGUCAUGUUUAUUGCUCAGAUACUAAUGAAGGUGCGGCACAGGCCAUGAUGCAAAAAUAUAUCAACAAAUGUUUUAAAACAGACACUUUAAAAGGACAGAGUAGUGAAAAGGUUAAUUCAAAAUCGCAUGGUUGGUGUGAUACUCAGGAAAGUGUUUCUGUUAUCGAUACGUAUCAGGUGGUAUCUUCAGCUACUAAAGAAAAUGAUAGCUCUCAAGUAUAUAUGCCUUUAGAAGAGAAUGUGGAUGAUAUUGAUGGACCUGAAUCGCUUUGUAUACGAUCAAAACGUACAUAUCAUGUUCAUGUACCAUCAUCAUCAGAUACUUCGAAUGUACAAUCGUUUUUGACAUCUUAUCAGAAUCCUGCAAAUGCGUACAAUAAGGAUAGUGUGGUUGUUAACUCUAAUUGUCUUCAUCCUUCAGUACUUUCUGAAAGGACAUAUCCUUAUUUGAAUAGCUCUUCUAGUCUUACAAGAUCGAUAUCUGAUUUUUGUUUGUCUACUAAUUCUCAAGGUUUUUAUCAGAAUACAGUGUCAUUUCCUCAAAACAAUAUGGUUAAUGAUACCAAUCAGAUUCAUAAAUAUGCAUCAGUUCAACCGCAUUAUGAUCCUUACUUUUAUAAUAAUUCAUGUAUUUCAGAAAAAUGCAAUGAUCAAACAUUAAAGCAACUUGAGAUAGAGAAUUGCGUUGAUUCUGACAUAUUAAGUAGUGUGAUUGAAGAUUACAUUCCAUCUGAUCAUAUACAAGAGCAAUAUGAGAAAAUACCGGAAGACUCAUCCUCUUUGGAUAAUAAAAUAGAUUAUUCUCCAAGCAAAAUAUUGUUAGAUUUCCAAAAUUACCUUUAUUUAUAA